AGAGGCCAUGAGGAUUAAUACCAACCUCUUUGAAAAGUAUGGAGUCAUCCCAAAGAAGUCCUUUCCCGAGUCUCACAGCUCCGAGGCUUCACGCAGAAUGAAUGACAUCCUUAACCAUAAGCUGAGGGAAUACAGCCUAAGACUGAGGAACAUGGUGACCAGUGACGCUACUAAAGCUGAGAUCUCUGACGCCUUGGACACCAUGAUUGAAGAGGUGUUCCGGGUGGCCAGUGUGUGUUUAGGCAACCCUCCUGACACCAUCUGCUGGGAGUACAGGGACAAGGACAAGAACUUCCACCGCAUGGGACCCCUCACCCCCCAGGACUUCUACAUAGAGCACGUCAAACCUCUAUACAACAUUCAGGACAAAAUCUGCCUUGUGAACGACCCCCGACCCCAGAACCCCUACGGAAAGCUGUACACUGUGGAUUUCCUCGGAAACAUGGUCGGUGGCCGCAGCACUCAGUACAACAACCAGGCCAUCCAGCUGCUCAAAAAGGCUGCGGCUGACUCCAUCAAGGAGGGAGAGGCGGUGUGGUUCGGUUGUGACGUCGGGAAACAUUUCCACGGCAAGCUGGGUAUUAACGACAUGAAUGUGUUCAACCACGAGCUGGUGUUCGGUGUGUCGGUGAAGAACCUCUCUAAAGCGGAGCGGCUGAUCUAUGGAGACUCUCUCAUGACCCACGCUAUGAUCCUCACUGCUGUCACAGACAAGGAUGGGAAAGAGGGCUUUGAGAAGUGGAGGGUGGAAAACUCCUGGGGCGACGAUCGUGGAAACAAAGGUUACCUGAUCAUGACGGAUGAGUGGUUCUCCGAGUAUGUGUACGAGGUGGUGGUAGACAAGAAGUACCUCUCCACUGAAGUCCUGGAUGUGAUGCAACAGGAGCCAGUUGUACUUCCUGCCUGGGACCCAAUGGGAGCCUUGGCAUAAUACAGAAAUCCAGUUUCCAGCCACAAGCUCCGGUUGAUUUGACUCCGCCCUAUUCCUCGGCUGCUUUUACCUCUCCAAUAUUUCCCCCAUACCUUCUUCCACGACAGCCUGUUCUUCUAGACAAAAUAAUAAAGAUUUUGUUUUCUUUUUUUACUGGAC